AAAUUCUGAUAGAAGGUGCUCUCACCCUGGUCAUCACCUGCAGACACGAUGGGGAACUGCCAGGCUUUCUGUAACCGUCCCAAGAACACAAAUAUCCGGAUCAGUCUGCCUGCCGUCUGCUUCGUGUGGCAGAUUUCCAUGAUCAUCCUGUUUGGGGUCUUUGUGCGCUAUGAUGAGGAGUCAGAUACUCACUGGGUUGAACAUAUGCGUAAGAACAACAUUACAAGCCAUGUAGAGAAUGAUUUCUAUUACAGGUAUCCAAGUUUCCAGGAUGUUCAUGUGAUGAUCUUCGUUGGUUUUGGUUUCCUUAUGACUUUCCUGAAGCGCUACAGCUUCGGUGGAGUGGGCUUCAACUUCCUGAUCGCUGCCUUUGGAAUUCAGUGGGCCCUGCUGAUGCAAGGCUGGUUCCAUUCGCUGGACCCAACUGAUGGAACCAUCAGAAUCGGAAUUGAAAAUAUCAUCAAUGCUGACUUCUGUGUGGCUGGGUGCCUAAUCGCGUUUGGAGCCUGUCUGGGAAAAGUCAGUCCUGUACAGCUGAUGGUGAUGACGCUGUUUGGAGUCACCUUGUUUGCAGUGGAGGAGUACAUCAUUCUCAACGUUAUUCAUGCUAAAGAUGCAGGUGGCUCCAUGACCAUCCAUACCUUUGGAGGAUAUUAUGGUCUGGUCAUAUCAUGGAUUCUGUAUCGACCAAAUUUACAUCAGAGUAGACGUCAGCAAGGCUCCCACUACCAUUCUGAUGUCUUUGCCAUGAUAGGAACACUCUUCCUCUGGAUGUUCUGGCCCAGCUUCAACUCUGCCAUAGCGAACCAUGGAGACGGACAGCACCGAGCAGUCAUCAACACCUACCUGGCCUUGGCUGCCAGCGUUCUCACAGCCUUCGCCAUCUCCAGCCUCUCCCACAGAAGAGGCAAACUGGACAUGGUUCAUGUCCAGAACGCCACCCUAGCUGGAGGCGUUGCCAUGGGUACAGCAGCUGAAUUUAUGAUCACACCCUACGGCUCUCUGAUCGUUGGCUUCUGUUGUGGAAUCCUGUCUACCUUUGGCUACCUGGUGCUUACUCCUUUCCUGGAGAAGCAUCUGAAGAUCCAGGACACUUGUGGAAUCCACAAUUUGCAUGCCAUGCCUGGCUUGCUUGGAGGAGUUAUAGGCGCCAUCACAGCUGCCACUGCAAGCGAGUCCGUCUACGGACAAGAAGGGUUGGUGAACACUUUUAACUUCGUGGAUAAACAUGCAAACAGAUCGGUGGGCACACAGGGGGCUCAUCAGGCUGCUGGACUGUGUGUGGCUCUCAUUUUUGGACUGGGGGGUGGAGCGUUGGUGGGUGGGAUCCUGAAGCUGCCAGUCUGGGGAGACCCUGAGGACGACAACUGCUUUGAUGAUGAAGUGUACUGGGAGCUGCCUGAAGAUGAGGAGAGCAUUCCUGCUAUUAUUGAAUACAACAACCAGAUGGACGGCAAGCGCUUUGAAAUGGUGGAGUCCAACUUGUCAGCAGUCUCUCAAUCUGUCUGAUCGGUCACAAACCACUGGACACUCUUAUGCGCUCAGUGGUAAAGGCCCCAGUGUACAGCCAGACACUUGAUGAGUUGCACAAACACUUAUACUGAUUUAAUAAUAUAUUGACAGCUGUUCAGCUGCCCCUAACCACGUAUUCCUCUUCAGUGGUCCGACUCUCCUGCUGGACAUCUACACACCUGUAUAGUUCAUUCCUAGUCCAGAUUUAGUGUGGCUGUUCUAGGGGAUUAAGGUCUUCUGAAUAGAAUGAUUGAUUAGGUGGAUCAGGAGCAAUAGAUCAAGGCUGGAAUGAAUCUCAGGGCAGAUCUCCGGGAGGAGGCUUGGAGACCACUGAGUUUUGCUCUUUAAAGUUUGACAGUGUUUCUAGGCUAAAUGACCCAAGCUAUGUGCUUACUUGUUUAGGCAAACUGUGAACUAUAGAAUAUUAGGCAUAACCUGUAAAUGUGCAGAUAACUUUGUUUUAUAUAGAACAUGCACCAUUGUCUAUAUUAAAGUCUCUUUGUACUGUAUAACCUUUUGAAGUUUGUUACUCUUGGCAAUUAAAUACCUCAGUGACAUGAA